AUCGCUGCAGGUUGCUGGAUUCACACACUGCUGUUUCAGUCACUGAGAGCAGGCUGCAGAGAUGGAGAGUGGUCCAGUCGCUCAUGCCGAAAAUGCACAUGUAGCAGUAUGGUUUGCGUUGAAGAGGCUUGACCUUGAUGAUGACAGAGUUAUAGCUCUGAAAGAAGUUCACAUUCCAAGAGGGACAAAAAUGACAACAGUGAGGCAGAUUGUAGCUCAUUCUUUCAGACUGGACAUUGCUCAGGUCACCUUCAAGAUACGAAACAGUCAAGGCUUUUUAAUCCCUUUGAAUGGCUGCAUACCAGUGAACACCAAACAAAUGCCUUAUGUCUUGGAGGUGGCCAGAUAUUUUCAGCAUGUUAAUGCAAAACCCAGAAACAUUGCCAUGACGGUGAUAAACAGAAGCUUGAAGUCAAGACUACAGAGUAUUGCAAGAAGGAUUGAAAGGCUGGAAGAACUCCUUCCUCAAAUCAAGCAAAAGCAGAAUGAGAAGAUGGUCAAGGAUAUUGAACUGUUGAAUCAGAAACUGAUUUUCCUACACAAAAGAAUGCAGAUGGCAGAGUCAUAUUGCUGGGAGGGGAUGUUUAAGCGAGCACCACUCUGGUGAUCAUUUUAUAAUCUACUCCACACCAGUCUCCUCUGUAAACAGCAGGGAAUUUAAAUAUUUUAACUAUGUGCUCAUUUUGUUUACCAUAGUACAAAUAGUAAAGCUUAAUACACACUUACCAAAGCAUUGUACCACUGACCAUUUAUCAGUUCCACACAUUUAUUCAUUGUGUUAUUGCAUAUAAUACAACCUCUCUAUACUUUCAAAAAUAAGCCAUUCAAGUUGACAAGUAUUAAUAAUGACGCUGAUAAAAUGAAGUAAUAAGGAUUUUCUUUCAGCUGUAGUAAAAAUGGUUCACUGUUUAAGGCUUUUCAACACUGGGCACUCUGUGUGCACUUUUCAGAAAUGCAUUACUAUUUCUUAAGACAGAUACUAAUAUUAAAGUUAAAAAAAACAACAGCAUCCUAGGUGGUGGGCCUCCAGACCACAUUGGAUUUACACCAUGGAAUACCCACCAAACCAGUGAGUGAGUUAAUGUGCCCUUAGAAGAGACAAUUCCCACAUAUAGGAAUUUUAAUUAUAGGCCCAAUCACUUUGUAGUGACCCGUCCAGCUAAGGGUCAAAUGUGAACCCAAACCAUGUCAGCAAAAUGACCUUCACAACAAGCCACAAGUUUCACUUUGCAAAUUAUUUAUAUAUUAUGAUAGUGGAGUCGAAGCAGGCUUUCUAGAGGAAGAAUUUUGUAUCAUGUCCAAACACACACAGUGACUUUUAACCCAGUCAUUCAUUUUUCAUUUGUUAUUUUACAGGGAAGAAUUUUGUGAGUCCCCCGAGUUUUGCUCAGGUUUCAGACAAAACACAGAUCACUAGUCUCACACAGUGUUGAGUACAGUAUAUCUGCUCGGGCUUUCUUAUAGAGUAAAGAAAUGCAUGUGACUAGUUUGCCUCCACUUGUUUAUUGUUUCAGGAAAAUGUCAUCCUAAGCAAUGUUCGCUGUCUCAGAGAAUUCCCAAAGAUGCUAAAAAGUACCAAAAUAUAUUUUCCAAAAUACCUUGUAUAGAAACCUUAUUUGAGCUGCAUGACGGAUACAGAGUA